AUGUCUACCUGGGCCGACCCACUGCAACACCUCAUCGCAAGUGAGCAUCAAGAGGCAUGUGUGUAUGCACUCUUCGACAGCUACAUCGGCAAUGCUGGAAACCCAGAGGUGCAGAAGACAAUGGCAGACCAACUGUGUUGGCAAAUCGCUCGACACUCCGCCGCCGAGGAACUCUUGAUUUAUCCUCUUUUCGAGAAGUUCCUCGGUGAAGACGACCACCAGCUCGUCAAGCAAAGUCUGUUUAACCUCUCCAAGACUCAGUUCGGGACGCCGGCAUUUGACGACCUCUUGACGGACAUCGUUCGAACGAUGAAGAUUCAUAGCGAGACUGAAGAAUCGUCGGAUCUGCCCAUGCUCCUCGCCCUGCUCCCACAAGCCGAUUCACAGCUUGCCAUCGAGCAGUUCACGUUGUCCAAGCAAUUUGCACCUAUCUAUGCACCAAGCGGCAAAGUUCCCAUUCCAUCUUGGACAGAUCUCAUCCAAGCAACGCCUGAGCAGAUCGCCAAGGCCUUCCAACAGCUGGGAACGUAA